AACGACGGCGGCGCUCCCCUCACGCUCCUCUCCGAGGCCGGAACAAGGGGCACGGUGCUGGGUCUCUUCUCCACGCCCACCGUGUACGCCGAGGCCUGUCAGAGCGACUAUCCGGCUGUCUUCACGCGGGUGUCCUCACACCUUGACUGGGUGAAGAAGGUGUCGGGGGUUACCAGCACUUGAGUCUAAACGGGUAAAGUAAUCUCAUAACCAGAGGACUUUCGAUCGAUGGGAUGGGAAUGAAAUCGCCCCGAAAUCCACUAGAAAAAAAAAAAAAAGAAAGUCAGGGAGAUGGUGUGGAGAGAUAUUUCCCAAUAAGUAGCAGCUGUCUACUGAUGCUCCCUGUCAUCGACGAGAGCAGAGCAGCUUACACACUCUGUCGUCAAGAUUAAU